AGCAAGUUUGUCUCGGGUAAGGCUGCGCCGAGGAGUUUGCUGAGUCGGAGUCGUCGGUGCGUUCCGAUGUGGUGACGGCCGUCCUUCGCCCGCUCCGUGUCGCUACCCGGGCCGCCCGCGGACUGCUGGUCAGCCGGCCGUUCGUCAGCGGUGCGCAGCCGUUUUGGCCGAAGCAUCUCCUGGGCGAUCUCUUGGAAGCAGAGCCCCGUGCCGCGCUCGGCGCGCAUCUGCCGCAAUGGCCCGCUCCGCGUCCCUGCUGAUCGCUUGCGCUGUGGCCGCCCUCGCCGCUCUGUCGGUGGGCUCCCUCGUGCUGUCCUUCGUCGGCGCCUCGUCCCCGGCCUCAGCGGGCCUCCGGGCGGUGCAGCGCGCGCCCGCCGUGGAGAUGCAUUUUUUCGGCGGCCCGCCGGUGACGACCACGCCCCCGCCGCCCGUGGGCCUGGGGGGCGUGGGCGGGAACAACUACGUGAUCUCGAUCACCAUCCUCUUCUUCGGCUCGGUGCUCGCGAACGCCAACGGCUUCUUCGGACCGUGGUGAGAUCCCGAGCGCUCUUCGGGCCAGUCGGUGGGCCUGCUGAGGUGGCUUCUCGACAGCGCCACGUUUUCCUGUGUUGCGCGCCAUUUACGGGCGCCGCUUCUGCAGCAGGCGAACAUCUAGGUUUCCUUCGGUGCGCUAGUGGUUGAAAAUGAGCGUGCGGUUUCUGUCUGCUCCCUGCGCGCUCAUUCUCUCGGAGUAAGAUCGAAGACGCCUACGGCGAAUCACCGCCGCCCCCUGCCUUUGGGAAAGGC